AUGGGCAAGGGCGGCGGCUGCGUCCCCAGCAAGAAGCGCCAGCCACCGGCCGCCGCGCCCUCCUCGUCGUCUGCCGCGGCGGCGGUGCCGCGCGAGGCGCCCGAGGAGGAGGUGGCCAACGCGGCUUUGCCGACGGCCGCGCGGAAGUUGCGGCUCUACAUCGUGUUCUACUCGAUGUACGGGCACGUGGAGUCCCUGGCGCGGCGCGCGGCGGCUGGCGCCGGCGCGGUGGACGGCCUGGAGGCCGUGCUGCGGCGGGUCCCCGAGACGCUCCCGCCGGAGGUGCUGGAGAAGAUGCAGGCGCCGCCCAAGGACCCCGCGGUCCCCGUCAUUGCGUCGGCCGCCGAGCUGCAGGAGGCCGACGGGGUGUUGUUCGGCUUCCCGACGAGGUACGGCGCUAUGGCCGCUCAAAUGAAGGCCUUCUUCGACUCCACCGGCUCGCUCUGGGAGGCGCAGAAGCUCGCUGGGAAGCCCGCCGGGUUCUUCGUCAGCACCGGAACGCAGGGCGGGGGCCAGGAGACCACGGCUUGGACGGCCAUCACCCAGCUAGCGCACCAUGGAAUGCUUUUCGUCCCCAUUGGCUACACCUUUGGUUCAGGCAUGUUCAACAUGGAUGAGAUCAGAGGAGGCAGCCCCUAUGGUGCUGGCGUCUUUGCUGGCGAUGGCAGCAGACAACCUAGUGAGACAGAACUCGCCCUUGCAGAGCACCAGGGCAAGUACAUGGCCUCAAUAGUGAAGAAGCUAGCUCACCAUGCUUGA